AUGCGGCCGAAUGGCGUGGCACCCUCGCGCACCUUCACCCUCUUCCAGCAACUGCCCUGCGAGCUACGCCUGCAGAUCUGGCAGGACGCGCUCCCCGACGCCGAAGGCAGCGCCGUCUACUUUUUCCGCGACUGGAAGUGGAAUCCCGCAGAAGCCCCGGACAACGACGACCACCACCACCACCAGCCCCGGCCCGUCCUCGAGACCGACACGGAGCUCGGCGAGGACAUUGUCAACCCGCACGUCCCCGUGGACGGCCUCGCGCACGUGUGCGUCAACCACGAAGCGCGCUCGGUGGCGCUGAAAUGGGCGGCCCGGCACGGCCUGGCCGCGCUGCAGCUGCACGAGCGCGCCUGGGACGAGCCGCACGACGCGGGCGGGCGCGUCGUCGUGCGCCCGUGGCAGCCGCGCCGCCGCGGCGACGCCGUGUACGUCGGGAUGGACCGCUGGGACGACUUUUGCCGGCGCCCGUGCACCUUUCCGUUUGACGGGCAGGCGGCCGUGUACUACGGCACCGUGGACUGCGGCUACUACGCCUGGUCCUCCGCCACGUCGGGACUCUUUGCCCGGCCCGCGCCGCACAGCGUCGCCAUCCGCACCCUCGCCCUGCCCGCGGCGGCGGCCGGGGUCGCCGCGCGCGCGCUCGCGGGCCUGCUGCACUGCCUGCCGAACCUGCGCCGCCUGCAGCUCGUGUACGGGCCGCUGCCGCAGCCGCACGAGCGCGAGGACGAGCCGCUCGUGCCCCGCCGGUGGACGCUGGCCGACGCGCACGCGAUGACGGACGGCGUGAGGCCGUUUUACUACUACGCGGAUGAUGCGCCGAUGGGCGGCGGCGGCGGCGGCGGCGGCGGCAGGUAUGCCCCGCGCGAGGGGGAGGCGCCGCUACGGGGGCGGGCGCUGUUGGAGCACGUGCAGCAGGUGGAAAGGAUCUUGCUGAGCGAGGUGAAGCGGUGCGAGGUGGAGAGCGAGGCCCGCGAUGCUGUUGAGGGCGAGGACCGCUUACCGUUUACGCUGGAAGCGGUGGUGUUUGUGCGGGGGCACUGA